GAGACAGCUGUAUAUAUUUCAACUCUGGAGAGAGCGGGGACGCCAUCAUAAAUGUAUGGGUUUGUGGAGUGACAGGGUUACACUCAAGGGAAACAGAGCGUUGACUUAUCGACAAAUGAUUACGUCUUUGCCCUUGUAUGGUGGAAGUGAACCAGCGCCAGUGCUGUGAAAUGUUUGCUCGCCGGACGGGAAAACAGAAAUAAUUCAUAAACCAUUACCUUUCCAUACUGUCGAAGUUCUGCUUCCCGCGUUCACUUUGGCCAGAAGCCGAGCGGAGGAGAGCCCACGGAACAGGAGGCAACUGACGCCUACUCCCUCUGUGUACAAGUUUGCUGUUCCUCCUGUGGCUCGCACCGGGCACGUGCGGUUCAUGUUGGGCGAUGGCGAUUUCUGGGAGAGUCCGAGCGCUCUUGUCAAUGUUAUGGAUUUUUCAAGGUGACUCCCAGCGGGUGGAGAUGCCCAGAAGAGAGAUAGAGGUGGUGAAGGGUCAGAUGGUGGUCCUGCAGGGCUGGUACAGCCCCACAUCUGAUAUCGGCAGGAACAGCGUCAUCUGGAACUUCAUGGCCAACGACUCCAAGCAGGUCAUCUCCUACAGUAAUGGUGAGCCAGGGAUAGGUAGUCCUGAGUUCAGGAAGCGUGUUGGGUUCAGCUUGUCCAUGCCCUCGGCCAAUCUCUCCAUCUACAUCAACAACACCCAGGAGUCAGACUCAGGACGAUACCUCUGCAAUGUCAUCAUCCCUGGAGCCGCCGGACUCUCUGGAGAAAUGCGCCUUAAUGUCAAAGUCCCUCCCUCGCCUCCAGUGUGCACAAUGACUGGGUCAUCUGUGCUGAAUGGCAACGUGACACUGAGCUGUAAGUCCAGCUCGGGCAAACCCAUUCCUCAUUACAAAUGGACCAAGAACGCCCCCAUGUCAGAGGUCUUCUUUUCCCCCAUGCAGAAUGAGAGGCAAGGUACCCUCAGGUUGAGUAACCUCACUAAGAGCAUGUCAGGGAAAUAUGUGUGCCGAGCUAGCAACACUGCCGGCUCUGACACUUGCUCUAUCAACCUGGAGGUCUUCACCUCCUCUAAUGCUGGAGCGAUUGCUGCUGCUACUCUGGGGUCCAUCGUGGGACUGUUAGCCAUCAUACUCGUCCUCAUCUUCAUGCUGAGGAGGAGAGACCACGAAGAGGAGGAGAUAGCCAAUGAUAUCAAGGAGGAUGCCCAGGCACCCAAGCGUGUUUCCUGGGCAAAGAGUGGCACAGGCUCAGAUAUCAUCUCCAAAAAUGGCACGCUGUCGUCCAUAGCCACGAGCCCCCAUCUGCGAGACCUCCAGCAGCCCAACAACUUCCCCUACCCCACUGCCCCGGUCUGUGACACAGGCUCUGUGCUCAACGCCUACCGCCUUCGGCCUGGAGAGCCCAACCCCCUGCAGGGCCUCCCAGGGUACAUCAGUGGUACACCUCCACCCGGGCACACCAGACCCCUCUGUGUUACUAACAACAUUGAUGCCACCUCUCCACACGGGCACAGUCGACCCCCCAGUUCUAACCACAUCAGUGGGACUCCACACCCUGGCCACACCCGGCCCCUCAGCACUAGGAUCAUUGUUGACACCUCCCCCCAGGAGCACAGUCGACCCCCAAGUUCUAACAAUAUCGUUGCCCCCUCUCCACAUGGGCACAGCAGACCACCAAGCUCGAACCACAUCAGUGGUAGCGCUCCACACAGGCACAGCCGACCCCCCAGUUCCAACCACAGCCGACCCCCCAGCAUCAGUAGCAUGCCUCACUAUGGACACAGCAGAUCCUCCAGUUCCAACGGUGCCCCACCCCAUUCCCCACCUGGCCACAUGGUCACAGACCCCGACAAGACUGAGGGGGCCCAGCCCCAGGUACCACGCCCUCUCACCUCGCCCAUCAGCUCCGCCACCCUGGCCCGUAUGGGUGCUGUGCCCGUCAUGGUGCCCGCUCAGAGCCAGGCUGGAUCACUGGUAUAGCCCACUGGAGGGUCUCCCGUUUUACUACUGAGCACAAAAAAACUGAAGCAAAUGGAUAAAGACUUCCUCAAAAGGAAGAUUGCAUAGAGGAGAGAAGGGUUUGCUUGGAAUUAAAAACACUUUUUUAUUGUGAUCGUUCAAAAUAAUGUUCAGAGUAGAAUGAAGAGCUCAUGCUAAAGACACUUGUGGAAUCCACUGUAUUCAAGUCUGCACAAGUUCAAAGACUUACUUGAUUUGUUUUUAUUAUUUUAGCUGUUUUCAAAUCUUUUUUGCUAAAUAUAUAAUGUUUUUGUUUUUAUUUGCCAUGCUCAGAUUCUUUAAGGUUAAACAAGGCCUAUUCUAUAUUCUUUAAGGCCUUUUAUAAACUGGGUGGGUGGAACCCUGAAUGUUGAUUGGCUGGCAGCCCUGGUAUAUCAGACUGUGUAUCUUUUUACUGCUCUAAUUAUGUUGGUAACCAAUUUAUAAUAGCAAUAAGGCACC